CAGAGUUGCCGCCUAGAAGAACAACAUGAGACCAGAGCUCCCUGGAUUUUAUUUCGACGAGGAAAAGAAGAAAUAUUUCGCAAUUAAAGGUCCAAUCCCAGGUUCAAAACCUUCUUCUUCAAAAACGAAACAAAAGCCUGAACCAAAGCCUUUCAAGGAACCUAAUUACCAGAAGAGAAACAAACUAAAAGCAUUGAAGCUACUUUGUUCCCGAGAGCUAUGUGGCAAUGUUGUUUUUAUCAAUAAGAAGAAGUCUAACUUCAAGGAUGAGAUUGAAAAGACACACGCCUCUAACCCUAUGGUAUGGAGAUAUGAUUCAACUGAAAACAUAGGUGAUGCUGCUUUGAAAGAGUUUCAGGUUGAUUUACAAACAUCAGAAGGUCUGACCACAAAGAACAUCUUAGUAGCUGGCAGUUCUGGAGGCUGCUUGAGCAUACUGAGAGUUUCCAAAGCUGGACAAGUACCCUUUGAUGAGUCUGAAACUCAAGCUUUAUAUGGUGGAACUGAGUGUGAUCCAGUUUCUGUUCUUCCACGCAAAGAAAAAAGGGAAGCACCUAGGCGUAUUUGGCGACCUGAACACUCUCAUUUACAUGCUUUGUCAAGUAUCUCUUCCAUUCAGUUGAUAGGAAGACCUGACAACUCCCACCAUGUCAAGCGAGCAUUGAUAACUACACUUGGAUCAGCUGGUCAAGGGUCGAUUUUUAUCUUGAAUCUUGCUGAGGAACCGUACAUAGUCUCUCCGCGAAGCCUCCAAGGGAAUGCUUCCUCUGAGUGUACUAUUUGGACAGCUGAUUGCAGUGUGAGUGGGAGUCGUGCAGCUAUUGGUACCAACCUAGGAGCCGCUUUGGUGGAUUUGGAAACAGGAGCUGGUUCUUACUUCCUCAGAAGCCAAAGUGAUGUUUUGGCGCUUCAGUUUCAUCAAUCGAAGCGAAACAUUGUUCAGUGCGGGCUCAGAAAUGGAGCUAUUGUGUCAGUUGAUGUACGUGAGAGACCAGGCAGGCUCACGAGACACCAGAUACGAUCUCAACCAUCGAGUAGAACCAGUCAAGCUACUAGAAAAAAGGAAUGGUUUAAGCUCAGUGGAAACAUAAACCCAUCUCAUGUGUUCUAUAUGCCUUCAUCUAUUACAUGCAUGAAGACACUGAAAACAUAUGAUCAGUACUUAAUGGCAAGCUCAAUGGAUGGAACGAUUAAGCUAUACGAUCAAAGAAUGGUUAAGGGAGGGGUGGCUGUACAGACAUAUGAAGGACAUGUAAAUUCUCAUACUCGCAUCGAGUUUGGCAUCGAUCCAUCAGAAACGUUUCUCAUGUCAGGAGGAGAGGACUGCUACACUCGCAUUUGGAGUAUCAAAUCUGGUCAACUUCUGUGUGAAAAUAAAUUCUCCAACUGUGUCCCUUCAGUUGUGUGUUGGUCUGCUGUUGAAGGGCAAAGUGAGUCGAAUGAUAGCAUUGUUCAUAGGGCAUGGCUUGGAUCGCGUGAAGCAAUGUUCAACAUGUUUUAAGAUAGUCACUGUUUAGCAAGAAGGUUUUUAAGACAAUGGAAGAUGUUGCGAGAGAUUCAUAUCCAAUAGUUUGCAGCCGGGACCAUGAUCUUGAGGAUAGAAAGAUCUUUUUGUUUAGCCUUGUAACAGUAAUAGGAUCAGUUGCUUUGAAAUUGUAAAGUAGUCAAAAUGCUCCCGCAUAUCUCUUUUGUUCUUUCUUCCAUCUACAAUACGAAUGAAUUUUGGAGAAGAAUACUCAAUCAAAAUACUUGAAAAAACUGAUAAUUCUGC